CAGAACACAAGAGGUAAAGAUGGUUUCCAAAUUCACCUUCUUGUUCCUCCCGCUGUUAGCACUCAUCGUACAUGCCAAACAUCCUGCGACUUUCAAUAUCGGAAAGUAUGGUGGGAAACCCAAUGCAAAUAUAGCCAAGGCUUUAUUAAGCGCUUGGAAGGAGGCAUGUGCAGCUACAACUCCAAGCACAAUUGUGGUACCAAAAGGCACAUUUUUGUUAAAUCAAAUAAAAUUAGAAGGCCCAUGCAAAGCCCCCGUUGAGCUUCGAGUCAAAGGCCUCAUUAAAGCCCCUUCAGAUUAUACUAAAUUACCUGACAAAAAGGCCGAAUGGAUCACUAUAAGGUACGUCGACCACUUGACAAUACAAGGUGGUGGAGUUUUCGAUGGCAACGGCAAAAAGGCAUGGACCAAAAACGAUUGUGGCAAAAAUCCAAAUUGCGUCAAACUCCCGUUAAAUGUCAGUUUCAAUUUCCUCACCAACUCAAUCAUUCGUGAUGUGACAACUAAAGAUAGCAAAAAUUUUCACGUUAAUGUGAUAGGGUGUAAGAAUGUUACUUUCCAACGUUUUACCGUGAGUGCGUCGAUUAAGAGCAUCAACACAGAUGGACUUCACAUCGCAAAGUCAGAAAGGAUUAAUGUCACUGACUGUAUCAUAAAAACAGGAGAUGAUUGCAUCUCCAUAGGUGAUGGUAUGAAACAACUCCAUGUCCAAAAUGUGACUUGUGGGCCAGGCCAUGGCAUCAGCGUUGGAAGUCUUGGCAAAGGAGCAACUGAAGAAGAUGUAACUGGGAUAUACGUCAAGAACUGCACAUUUAUUGGCACACAAAAUGGUAUUAGAGUGAAAACAUGGCCUUCUGCCCCGGCAACACUCAAGAUAACGGAUCUGCACUAUGAAAAUAUUAUUAUGGAUGAUGUUGAGAAUCCUAUUGUCAUUGAUCAAGAAUAUUGUCCGUGGGAUCAGUGCGAGCAAGCAUCUCCAUCUCUUAUCCAAGUGAGUAAAAUGACCAUAAAAAACAUUAAGGGCACGUGUACAACUCCGGUUGCAGCGAAAUUUACUUGCAGCAAAACCAAUCCUUGCAAAAAUGUGGAGAUCGGAGAUAUUGAUCUUGCAUACAAUGGAAGCGAAGGCCCUAUUACCACUAAAUGUGCCAACAUCAACCCUACUUUUGUUGGCAAACAGAAUCCCCCAAUCUGUGAUGCUCCUUCUCGGGCUGCUUAGAACAAGACUCCAACUAUGUUGUAAUAAUGUGGGGAAGGAAAGCUUCAUUUGGUAUUUUCAACAGCGUAAUAAAGUCUCUAUGAAGCUAGUAGAGACAAGUUCAAUUGGCAACCUCAUCAAUACAUAUAUGCAGUAAAUUCAGUACUCAUCUACACCAAAAUAAUGAGAUUAAAUAUAAGCAAUAUAUUACGGGUU